AUGUGCCGCUUACAUCACAUUGACGACCCUGGUGAGUUCAGGUCUACUCUCUCCUCACCUGUUGGGAAUGUGCAGCACGUUCUCUUCGUGCCGGUUGUGCCAACCACACAUCCUAAUGCUCGAUUCUGGCUGCUGCACUGGGGAGAUGCGGCUGUUGUUACUUUUGGGCAUACCCCUUUUCAUUGGGAUGUUGUCUCCGCUCACAUCCGGGCCCUGUUCCCGGGGGGACCUUUGCCAGACCGUUGCCCAGCUCUUUCCUUUGCAGGCCAGUUUUAUCCGCCUGGAGCUCCCUUGCCUGACUUCCCGUCUGGAGCUGUCAUUCAGAUCAUCAUCGGCGCUCUUGCGCGAAUUCCGGGAGAUGAUGAUCCCUGGAACCCGGACCCGCUAGUCAUUGACAGCCCCUUCUUCCGACAUGUGCCCAGUCGUGGUCCUGCGCUGGAACCGGCCAUACGGCUUGAUGGGCGUGGCAAUCGACUUGCUGAUGGCGCCUCGCAAACUCCCCUGGUAGAUCAAGGCGUCCAGACUGAUCUCUCAGGUAACGGUACUGGUCUCGACCAUGCUACUGUCUCACGGGUUCAUCUGCUGUCCCGUGAACUCUCUUUCCAUACAUCACGACUCUGGGCUGGGCUUGCGGAGCCUGAUGCUGAGCCCGUCGGAGACUCCCCCUCCGUUCUGAGGUUGUCCUCCCAAAGCGCGUGUGCUGCUGCCUCUGCCCCGAACGUCGAUUUGCUUGAUAUCGGAAGUACUUCUGGCAGCCGCAAGCUGGCUCUGCCGUACUUUGUUAGUUGGGUCUUAGUCGGGGCACAACUUGGUUUUCGGGGGGUUGCGUUCGGGAGCUUUCUUGCUCUUGCAACUGUCAGUGAUGGCUCCAUUAUUUUCCCCCCGCAGGAGUGUUCGGACGAGGAGCAGUCUGAUGAGGAAGGUCCCCCUCCUGUCCAAGCUGAGAACAUGUCUGCCGCUGAUGGUGCACCAGUCCCUUUCACCACUCCAGCUGGACCUCCUCCACCGGAGCCGGUGAACGCCCCCUUUCAACCCCGUUUGCGCUAUCUUCGUGCGGCCCGCCCUCUUGAGGAUUAUGCUCUCGGACUUUGGCCCUCCACCCUUGAUCGGGAGCCGGCUGCCGAUGAGGACGUUGUUAGACGGGUCCAAGCAGAUUUGCUUGGACUACAACGAGGCUUACGCACAUUUGCCGCUGCCAUACCACUUGGCACUCCCUUUUGUAUCCACAACCCCUUCACUGCCAGACAGCAAUGCGACAUUGUGGAAUACUCCGCUGGGCCGGAGCUUAAUCCCUUUGUCCUGUUUCAAGGACAUGCACGUAGCCGUGGUUGGGCCGGGAUGGUCUUGCUCAUGCCGCAGCCCGAUGCCACAGCUGUGCACCUCAUCGGCUGCCCGCAGGCGCCGGGCAAUGUCGCGGUAGGUGUCGUCAUUGACGGACGCCUCCUUCCAUGCUGCCUUCCUGCUUGUGUCGCCUGUGCAGCGCUCCAGGCGCUUUACCUUGACGGCCAUGAAUAUGAUCUCCGACCUCCUGAGGUUCAGGAAGAAACUGCUGUUGUACAAUUUCGCAAUGGUGACUGUCUGGCGGCGGGGCGCCGCCCAUCCCGCCGGCUACCCUCCCAGCAGGAUGUGCACGAUGCCACUGCAGAAACCUUGGGGGUUGGCACUGCUGCCGCAGCAACGGACACCUGCCACACUCAGGCCUGGGCCCAGUUUCGCAAUGAUGAUCCGGGUUGGGCGGCAGACUACUUUCCGGUCUGGCCAGGGCCUGCAUUCAAUGAACUUUCAGUCGUCCCAGUCGGACAUGAUCCUGCACUUGUCACCAUUAUGCUUGUCUGGGGAGGCCACCAUCGGGCAACACUCACGCCCCGAACUAUGACGGUGGCGUGGUUGACUUCCUUUGUUGCCCGCCAUAUCAACAGUGAAGUAGGCGGGCUCUCACUUCCCCACGGGUUGGCGGUUUGUGAAUUUUUCGAUGUCCCGCCAGCUGCUUUUCGGUUCCGCAACGGGGACGUCGUUUAUAUCCAUGAUCCCCCAGCGGACCCUGAUGAGCCGUUAGAGUUUGUUGAGCCUUGGCACCUCCAAGAUGGACUCGCGGCACAUCAUGCUCCAUGGGCGGUGGGAUUCCAGCUUAUGUUUCCGAUUUCGGUUCACCUGCUCCGUCCUGAGAAACCGCCACUGCUCACGAGCAUCCCGGCCGGAGAAUCGUGGUGUCCUGAGGCAUUUUCGUUUUCUGGGGAUUUUAGACACCAAUUUCCGGGCUUUUGGACGCCGGUUCAGUGGACGAGUGCUCGUGCCCUGCAGCUUAUGGCGGUUAACGAGGUUGCAGCUAAGGUUAAUGUUGUAGCAGCUACUCCAGAAGGGCGGCUGUGCCGAUCGGUUGAUCGUGUUGCGUCCCGUGACAGCCUCGCUGCUCAGUUGCGGUUCUGCCCUGCGACGGUUCUGGUUGGCGGGGUCCCGUCAUAUGCCAUGGAGCAAGCUUGCGAACUCCGCAACGGGGAUGUGAUUUUCGGAGAAUUUGCUCGAGGUGACUGUGCGACUGCCUCCUGUCGCCUCGGCUGGUGGUUGGGAACUGCCUUUGCUCUAUCACAUCUGACCAUGGCACGCCAGUUCCUGCUUGUCCUUGCUGUUGGCCUCAUGCAUGGUGGCCAGUCUUCGAGUCUCGGGGCCGGUGCUAUGUUUUUACUGCCGUCAGCGGCGGCCAUGAUUCAACAGGCACCUGCAGCCCCCUUGGCAGCUCCGGUUAUCCCUGCUGCCACUGUUAACCGAGUCACCCUCACUUUGGCCAAUCCCUUUGCGCCCUGGCAACGCGUUGAAGUUGACCCCAGUAAUGCCUUUGAGGAUGUCAUCGCGGAUGCACAUCACACCUUGACGUCAUGGCAUCGGGGGUUUGCUGAAUCCGGGUUGGUGUCCGAUGGUUCGCAUGUUCUGGUCCCGAGACCAGGUGACGUGAUAGCAGUCCGGCUUUUCCAGUCGGACCCUUCAGCAGGGCCACGCGAGACGCCCGUCUUCUUGACCUGGGGAGCUGCACAUGCCGCCUCAGCAUGGCAUUCUGACUUUAUUGUCGCUCACGCCUCCUGUGUGCUGCUGUGGUCACCUAGCCGACCCACUCGGGUCGCUCUCCUCCGACACCAAGCGCGGUGGAAUGCUGCUGAGGCCACCGUUUGCCAACACGAGGAGGCCUUGGGAGUCCACCGCUGGGCGCCCUGGCUUGUUGAGCAAGCCACUGCUUUUGGGCUACUGAGGAAGCCAGUGUACGUGACGGUGAUUGGUGGGUUCAUUCCCUUGCAGCUGGACUGCUCGGGCGUCGGCUGCCUACGCUAG